UGAUCAGUUGAGAUUUGUAACGUUCGCUGUGUGCUUAGCAGCUAACGUAUUGUGAGCCAGCUGGGAAAUUAGCUAUUCAUAAUUGUCUAGUAACGUCCGUGUUUUAUCGUAUAUGUUCGCUAACGCUGUCUUUAACGUAAGUACACUACAGGAUUAGCUAGCUCUGAAGAUGAACCAGCUGCAAACUUUACUAACUGAUUGCUUAAUCAAUACAAAACAUGUUGAAAAUGCAGCAGUCGUUACUACAAAAACAGCAACUGUAAGUGCAACGUCCCAGAGAUUUAAUAUUCCAGUGCCAAUGAUGCAGAUGUUAAUAGACUCCUUCCAUCAUACUCUAACGAGAGAGGAGGGAAUCCGUUUCAUGGGCAAGAACUACACCUGCGUCAGAGCUGACAAGAACUCGAUAUACUGUAAAUCGAAUGAACAUGGGCUAAUAUUAGUGAAAACAGCUGUGUACAUAAUAGUUGCCACGUACAAUGACAGCAUGUACCCUAGCGUGUGUGUGGAAGCUGUUGAGAAGCUGGGUAAGGUGGAUAACAGCAAUUAUUUUUGUAUGUUCAUCUGCCCAUACCAUGUGCACAGUGAUUCUGCCAGAAGAAAACUCAAUCAAGUCAAUCAUACUCAUCAAUUACAGCAUUAAAAUAGUCUGUUUGUACUCAGUGUGUAUGGAUUAUUAAGUGUGGUGUUUUUUCUCCAGCCGCAUAUCUAAGAGAAAAGGGGAAAUGAAUCCAGAAGAAACUCAAGGAGGGAACAUUGGUCGGUUAUAACCUGGAACUCUGAUUCAUGUAAAUGGAAUAGCAAUUGGAUCCUGACCACAUUGUUUUUGAAAAUGUAGUCUUCUAAGUUCACAGAAAAGCUAAAGUAACCAAUACAAUGCAGUGAAAAUGUAUUUACCCCCUUCCUG